AUGUCCAACAAUCAGGCCGCCGAGGCGCCUAAGAAGCCCCAUCUCUACAUCGGUAACAUGUCGCCUCGCGUCACCGAUCAGAUGCUCGCCGAGAUCUUCUCCGUCGCCGGGCCCGUCGUCUCUGCAAAGAUCAUUCAGGAUCGCAAUUUCCACCACGGCGGCUACAACUACGGCUUCGUCGAGUACACCGACAUGCGCAGUGCUGAGCAAGCACUGACGACGCUCAACGGUCGCAAGAUCUUUGACUCUGAGAUCCGCGUCAACUGGGCCUACCAGGGUCAGGGCAACCGCGAGGACACGCAGCACCACUUCCAUGUGUUUGUCGGUGACCUCAGCCCGGAAGUGAACGACGACAUUUUGGGCAAGGCGUUUGCCAAGUUUGCGUCGCUGAGCGAGGCUCGCGUCAUGUGGGACAUGAACUCGGGCAAGAGCCGAGGAUACGGCUUCCUCUCCUUCCGUGACAAGGCAGAUGCAGAGCAGGCGAUCGCCACUAUGAAUGGCGAGUGGCUCGGAUCUCGGGCUAUUCGUGUCAACUGGGCGAACCAGAAGACGCAGACGGGCGGUUCUCGCAGUCUUGGCCUCGGUCAAGGCUUCAACGGCCCUCUGACGUUCGAGCAGGUCGCUGCUCAGACCCCCGACUACAACACGACUGUGUACGUCGGAAACCUGAUCCCCUACACGACGCAGGCGGACCUCAUUCCCCUGUUCCAGAACUACGGCUAUAUUGUCGAGAUCAGGAUGCAGGCCGACCGCGGGUUUGCGUUUGUCAAGCUGGACACGCACGCCAACGCCGCCCUAUCCAUCACGUCGCUGCAGAACCAGCUGGUCCACGGCCGCCCCAUCAAGUGCUCCUGGGGCAAGGACCGCCAAAGCGACGCGCCUGGAUACAUGGUGCGUCACGCCUUCUCCGAGAGGCCUGACUUCCAGAUGUACACCAACAACUACCCAUACUUCCCCGGGUACGGGGGUAUCCCCGGCCAGCCUGGAGCGCAGUCUCCCGGUCCUGAGAACGGAUCAGCUCCCCCUCCCCCACCCACUUGGGACCCCGCAGCGGCAGCUGCCUACUACCAGACCGGCGGCUGGGGCGGCUUCUACAGCCAGGAAGCCGCCGCCGUCCCGGCUGCCCAACCUACUCCCCCUAACUAA